AUGGAGCCAACUGCUCAAGUACAUCACCAUUCUUUGGUGAGAAUUCUCAAGCUUGUUUGUGCUGGUGGUGGAAGCGACCCAAUCACCACCACCAAGAAAGGGUUGUUGGACUUCUUGGAGCGUGUGAAUCCCAAGGGGCCAUCCAGCAGACCAGAUCAAAACGCAACUGCCCGCGCCGCUUAUGCGAGAAAACUCGCUCGGACACUGAAAGGGCAUCCGGAGUUGAAGGUCGGAACAGUUCAAGGGGAUCUUCACAAUGAAGUUUACAAGAUUGACGUAGUCAAGCAUGUGUUGGAAGAUUUUUUGGGUGUGUUUUCUCCUUCGUCCUGGCUAACUUUGCUUACUUCGAUUGAACAAUGUGCAGCCGAAGGGAAUUUGCGGAAGAACCCUUCUGUAGUAGGUGAAAGCUCAUCCACAAAUCAAUCUCCAACACAGGUCCUCGUCGAGGAUUUGGAACUUGAAGGCUUGCAUGACGCACCAGCCCAGUUGUACCCCUCCUUGCCUGAUUCAGAAGGUGUCAGCGUAGUGUCCCAACAAGAUUCACUUCCAGUGCCAGGAGCUCAGCAGAUACCGUUUGGCCCAAUGAAGAUGAAUGCCAAUAAGAGGAGGAAAUUGGAAGAGACAGCAGGUUUCUUGCAGUACCAACAAGUAUACGGUGGACAUACUUGGUCGGAUUUGCUUCUUGAACUCAUGAACAGGGACCAGGCACUAGAGGGACAGCACACAGAAAACAAAAAGCAAAGAGACACCAUUGAAAAACUUCAAAAAAAACAGAGACUUUUGUUGCAGUCCCAGCGCAGGAUUGGAAAGGCAGUCACCGUGUGGAAAGCCAAGGCUAAGGGUAAAGCCUUGCCAGGGAAAGCAUGUCCAAACUCAGGCGAUGCAGUGUCCAUCGAAGACAAGCUGUCCAUCAAAAGGACGGGGGCAGCUGGUGAGGGGCGCUACUUGACAGUGCCCAGUCGUGUUAGCCUCAGUAUUCGCAGAAAUUUGUCCAACAUUGCUUGUGCAGACCUGGGUUUGGUUUUACUGGACGAUGCUUCGAGAUGGACUAUUGCAAGGGCUGAAGUUCGCACUGGAGCAGCGUUGCUCGCAUCAGGCCGUGCUUUUCAUCGCAGCAUGAUGGAGGAAAUAGCCCAGGAACCUUCAGAUGGGGCACCCUCGCUACAUAUACACUUUAUAACGCAAGAUGCCACGAACUCUCUGAAACGGAAGCUGACAGCAUUAAUUUUGCAUUCCGCAUGGUGCCAACUGCCAUCUGAUAUGGAUGUGGAUUAUAGCUUUGACUGGAAAAGGUUUCAAACUUUUCAUGGGGUAGCAGACGUGCAAACAGUUUCUGAUUCGUCCGCUGUGGCCACAGUUGGUCUUACUGACAAGAUGCUGGAGUCUUUGGCAUGCCCUUCAAUCAAGACUUUGGUGAACAUGGGCAUGGAUGACUCUGCCCAGAAGCCGUUUGGCCGAUACGCUCAUAGGCAAUCCUUCCACAUCUACAUCUUGACAACUGACAGAGGCCCAAACGAAGUCCUUGCGAGAAAGAUUUGGACAACCUUGUCCCGCGAUUAUCCCAACAUUAUCAGUCUCAGCUCUGAUUGCCUGGAGCAUGCUGGCCACCUCGUGAGCCUGGGUAGUUUCAAAGCAUUGGAUGAUGUUCUGCGCAGGUUUGGGCGGAAAUGGAAAUUCUUCAGCUCUGUUGCAACAAGCGCUCACACCUUUCGCGACCUGAGCAAAAGUUUUUAUGAGACAUGGUGCAAAAUCCAUGGGCCAGUUUCAGGGCUCAAGCAUGCGAAGAAAUUGUGGCCCAAAGUUGUGGGGGGACGGUGGAACAGCUGCAGUGAGGCGUUGUCUCGUAUGAAGCAAGUUGGGGGCCAGUCUGUGCUGCAGCCGGUUCUUCAGGCAAUACUUACUUCGAAGGCUUCCAAGGCAUCUUCAGAAAAACGUGACGCAGGUCAGAGUGAGGGAACUGAAAAUGACAGAUCCCGCUCAUGCGUUGAUGAGAUCUCUUACGAAGAAACCAAAAAUUUUCAGGCUAAGAUGGGAAGGUGGCGGAAACGAACUCAAGAUUGCGUCGAGGAUGCCUUGUGGUGGGUUAUUGGAGAAGGAAUGCGAAUUGCUCAGCUGACAGUGGUUCACUUUUCUGAAACUCAGUUGGUUUGA